GCGUCAUGCCUGAAUGGUUUUGGACUACAGCCAAACAUAGCAGCGGGUUUGCCCAAUAACUACUUCCCUGUAGAGAGGCGAGACGCAGCUGUAGCAUGGUAGGAACACUUGGAAAAGAUGGACGUUAAUCUUCAACUAUUUCUAGCGUUGUCCUUCCUAUGUGUUUGUUUCUGUCAACAUCUCAACGGGGAUGCACUGGCAAGCCAUUUACAGAAAUUUGCAAAUGAGGGAAUGGGUUUAAAAGACCUACAGGCUCACUACGACAGUCUGCGCUACGACAGGAUUGACGUGAACGGGCAUGAUCUGGUAACCAAACUUUCACAAGAAAUUGGUCAGAAGUUUCAAUAUCUGGAAAAAGCCGCCAAAAGCAUCAAAAUAGCAGUAGAAGACAAAUACAACAGUUUCCAAUCAAGUUCGACGUUUGAAAAUUGUUGCGACGUUACUGGGACACCAAACCUCAAAUUUCAGGCGAAUAUUUCUUUAGAUUCGCCCUGUUGGACUGUAUCACCGAAGUCCCCACAGAUCAAGAAGUUUCCAAGUGCCGAAGUGGGAACAAUCAUGAAAAACAAUUUCGAUAAAAAUAAUAACUUGCUUUGGCAGUACUUUGGGGGUGAAGAUGGUACUUCCUUUCAUUUUCCAAAAGCCAAGGUGUCUACCACAUCAUGUAAAUCCUUUGAUCCUCGAUUCCGACCAUACUACGCCGCAGCAGCUACACCUACGGCCAAAGACAUAGUGGUGCUGGUGGACACAUCCACAUCUAUGCACAGGACAGAUAACACAGAUCGAACUAGACUUAGGCUAGCCAAAGAGAUAGCAACAACAGCACUAACGACACUGAAUCCCAACGACAGGAUGGCUGUUGUAUCAUUCAACCCAGAAUCACUUAAACCGACACAAGGCUGUUACACUAAUCAACUAUCACUGUACACAUCCGAUAAUGAGCGAUACCUUACAAAGUUUAUCGGCAAUCUGGAUGUCAGUGGCGGAUCUGACGUCAUUCUGGGCCUUGAGGCGGCCUUCCAUUAUUUCGGAAACUCAUCGGCGCCAUCGGAAGGCGAAGAGCGAUAUCAAGUAAUCCUUGUUCUGUCCGAUGGGGCCGACUCGCCGUCAAACAGAAACCCUCUAGACAUUAUCAGUGACGAAAAUGCCAAGCUUGAAAACCGAGUCCACAUAAUGGUGUAUGGUAUAGGGAAUGAACUUAAUCAGGAUACCGUUGCUAAAGAAUUGCUUCAUAACAUGACCCAUCAAAACAGAAACAAUGCAUCUGCGGGGACUACAAAGAUUGGGUUUUUUCAAAUUAUAUCAAACGCAGAAACUGUCCGCUCAAAUAUGGGACGCUAUUACAGCUUCUUCAAAUCUUCAAAUACAGACCCUGUUAUUUCCGCUCCGUUCCUUGACACAUUCUCAAGAAUUGGUUUGUUAAUAUCAGUUUGCUUGCCGGCGUACGACAAAACCGACCCAUCUAUUUUGUUGGGAGUCGCCUGUGCUGAUGUCAAACUCAACGAUUUAUUCUCGGACGCAAACGUAUUCAACGAAGGUGAUUCGUCAUAUAUUUUCAUCAUAGACCGAAAAGGACGUACGCUAAAGCACCCUUUAUUGCCUCUGUCUCGAACUGUAAAAGACAAAUACACCCUCCUGGAUAUUUCUUAUCUAGAAAGAGCUCAUGGAACAGGCGCAGUAAUUGACGCAAUGAAAAGAAGACAGACUGGGUCAGAAGUGAUAACUGCCUCGACAAGAACAAUGGCCCGGGGUGUGGUUUUGUCUGAGGGUAUUCUAACCAGGACGGCCAGAUCUACAUACUAUUAUGCACCGAUCCUGAACAGCGAGUAUUCCAUAUGUGUAGUAGUUGGGGAUGGCGCCAAGAUUUCUAUGCUUCCGACUAAGAAUAGGAAACCGGGUGUCUUUGUUUACCAUCGACGUGACAUAUAUAAUGAUAAUUUGAAGAGCUGCAGGAAUUUUAAAAGAAAAGCAACCACAGAACACUCGAUAGUAAAAUUCAAUUCCCAUGCGUACAAUGAUAUUGGCAGUUACUUGUAUGAAGAGGAAAAUACGAACACUGUCGAGAGAUACACGAAGUUUUUCAAUGGAGAUCCCUCGACGGCUAAUCCAGGUUUUACGAGUGAGGUCGUCAAUUCAAUAAUAGUUUCCAUAAAGGCAGAGGAGAUAUGGAAAACCAAAACAGACCUGUCCUUAUUCAUCAUUUGGAGGUAUUUCGGCACAAAUGACGGAUUCAUUCGUGUUUUUCCAGGAGUACAGCUGACUUCAGACUAUGAUCAUGAAGUCAGACCUUGGUGGCGGCGUGCUAAAGCUCAGAGGGGGAUUCUCACUAUGACAACACCUUACAUUGACGCGUGGGGUGCGGGAUUGGUUGUGUCUAUAUGUCAAACGAUAUACAUUGGCAGACAAGAUGGGAGGGCUCAUACAAAUACAGACGACGUGGAGGGAGUUCUGUGUUGCGACAUGGGACUGUCAUAUCUAUAUCGAUUGUUAAUAAAGUUAUAUCCCGAAUGCAAGACGGGAAAUACGUGUAUGCUGGUUGACAAUUCGGGUUUCAUAAUCAUUCAUCCUGAUUUUGUGGACCCGAAUGUUAAGGAAUCAGAAAGAAAAGAUGCUGUAGAAGAAAUUCAUAUAGUUCAGAAGGAAAGUGACAUUGCUAAGGACUUGAUCGCCAAUUCAGUGAUGAGCAGGCAAAGCUGUGCAGACUUCGACAAUCACAAGUUACAGUACACAUAUAGGAUACAGUUGAAUGCCGGCGAUGAUCACAUCACAGGGACCGGCUAUGGAUUAUGGAAAGUGGCGGGUACAAAUGUCUUCCUGGUUAGAAAAACGACGGCAGAUGUCAUCGAUCAGUGCUGCACGAACAUACCUAUGGUAUCACCAACAGAAAAGACGUGUGCUGGAGGGACUUGUGAAUGUUUGUGCCACACGCCCAUCUCCUUUGACAUAUGUCUGAAUGAAAAUAGUAAAGACGGCAUUAGCGGGACAUGCAUUGCCAAGACUCCCGAUAGUUCUUCAACAGCGAAACCUGACAUCUUAGACGGCCUGCAAGACUGUUACAACCCCAUAUGUGACGACAGGACACAUGACUUUGAUUGCUACUCUGUGGCUGGCUGUAGUUGGUGUGUCCGCGACAACAGAGCUCCGCUGGCAAAACCAUGCUGCAGGGGCGUAGACACAUGUGACUUCGGAACAGUCCUCGGGGGAAAACAGAAUGUGUGUGCGGGACCAGAAGACACCACGACUACCAAGAGUCCAUCAACUACCGUAUCACCUGACAACCUUAAUGUGGCCGUAGUGGUUGGGGCCGUCUUGGGAUCCAUUGUAGUUAUUCUUUUAAUUGUGAUCGCAAUCAUCCUUUAUCGUCGUUGCUCAAGUCGGCCUAGACAUAAACCGUCCGAUGAUUACCUCACUGCUCUCCCGUCUAUUCGAGAGUGUCCUGAUGGUGUCGUUAAUCCACAAUACGCAGGACUGAAUACGUCGAAUUUGGGGGGCCCUCCACCUUAUGAAGACGGACCUAUUUCUCAUUUACAGCAACAGAAUGCGACUCCAAAUAGUUACAAUGCUAUGCCAGAAUUAACGAACUCAUCAACAUCAAGCGGCGCAAGUCAACCAAAAUAUCAAGGGAACAUAAACCGCAUGCCUCCGAACACAAUACCGACCGAGCCAAAACAAUGAAGAUGUAAAACAAGCAUAUGCUUGGUCAUUGGUUGAAUACAGUGGCUACGAACCAUGACUAUGACAUUUUUAAAUGUUAAUCAUCAACUAGUACAUGGACAAAGAUAACGAACAUCUUAACAUGUUACUUUUGAAACCUUUUUGUCCCGCAAUGUAGUACAGCAGGUUGCAGGACUUUAGCAUAAACUCGGUUCCUGAAUCUUUACCAUUGCUAAGUGUAAUUAUAUAGUAAUAUUACCAUUGAAGUUCCAACUAUCAAUAGCUAUGUUGCUAUCGUUCGUAUGUUUUAUUUAGUCAUACGCCAAAUCAAUUUGAUUCGAUCACUCAUAUACGAAAAUACUCUCUUUUUUUCUUAGACAUUUUGUUUUAGGUUUAGUUUUUUUGUGAACGUUAACGUUUAAGGCACAGUGUAAAGGGUACCACUGCAUCAGUUUUAAUGGCAAAGAAGAGUUUCAUUCCGAGGAUUUUUGACUUAGAGAGUUGUCUCCCCUGCCAAAUUAUUCAUCUUUCAGUGUUGCAGUCAUUUUGAAGCUGCAUAUUAACAAUUCCUUGAUGGCAACAGUAAAGGUAUUUGCAAUGUCAAGUUCCAUCGUUCGACCUUUGCAGUAAAUUUGACUUUUGGCUUUCUUUUUAAUCAUUUAAAGUGUGAACAACUUUUUACUGUAAAAUGCAUUGCGACAUGUGACAUGCUUCCUUUGAAAGGACUUCGACAUUUUUGUACAUAAGUGACAAUGGUUAUAAUAUAGCUUAUCUGCUGGUACCCUUCAGCCUUAUAAUAUCGCAACAGCCAC